CUCUCGCGUGAAUUGUCCACCCGCGAGAUCUAAAAUGGCAAAUUCAAGAACCCCACUUUUGUCAGCAUUUACUUGGCUAACUACAAGUUAAUACUUUAUCAUUCAGUAAGGAUUUAACUAAAAUGGUAAAGGCUUCGCUUCAGUGGAGAUGAUGCUUAUGAAGUUGCAUGUCAUAGAACUGAAAACACAGCGUAUCAAUGUGUGAUAAGAAUACAAAGACUCAUGCAAUUUGCAUAUAACACCACGAUUAUGAUUACUACAUAAUCAUAUUAUAAGACUACUAACUUAUAUUAGAUUUUUAUGGAUAUUAUAUACAGGAUUUAAUAGUGCGAGCUAGUUAUUAUGUAAUACUACAAUUUUACAUAUUAAAGAUACUAACAUAAACAAAUAUGACCAUCAGUCAAUGCAUAUUCUGUUGGAGUUGGUGACAAAGUACUCAUAAAGAUUAGCACCAAAGGGCUGCAUAAUUAGAAUUACAAUGCUGUAAGAUAUUUAUGAGAAUAUCACGAUGGGAUCGACAAGAUUGGUUCAAUACGAACAAUUUCACGAUGAGCAAGAUGUUGCCAACGAGGCCAGCAAUAUGGCGACAGAUAUACCAGCCAAUGAGGAUUCUGACGAUUCCCCCGAACAACGACAGCACCAUUGGAGCCUGAACUACCAAGAAGCUGCGAUAUAUCUCGAGGAAGGUUAUAAUAAUGAUAAAUUCGAGACGCAUCCGCAAUCCCAGAAUGCACUUCCUAUUUAUUUACUCACGCAUCGUACUUGGUUUUACAUCGUAGAUUUCCUUGCAUCAACUUUGCUGCUAAGCUUAGCGUUGAUCGAACGACCAGCAGUACCCUUGUUCAAAGUACCAGUAUGGAUUCAUGGUUCAGUUGAGCUCCUGUGUUUGUUCGUGAUCGCACUUGAGCUCAUAAUGAGGCUAAAGUGGUUAGGGGUAAAGCAGUUUGUAAAACAUGUGAGGACUGUUGUCAAGACAACUACCUUGACAGUGAUGUUUGCGGAGGCCAUAGUUGUACUUAUCCGUCAACAGAGUCAUUUUCGUGUCACAAGAGCAUUUAGACCGAUUUUCCUGAUUGAUUCUCAUUAUUGUCGAGGUGUCAGAAGAUUCAUUCGACAGGUUCUACAGUCCAUGCCUCCAAUUCUAGACAUGCUAAUCUUGCUGUUGUUCUUCAUGUUGAUAUUCUCGAUAUUAGGUUUUUAUCUGUUUUCCCCAUUUGAUGAUCCGUAUUUCAACCACAUAGAGACCAGCUUUAUCAGCCUCUUUGUGCUGCUGACAACAUCAAACUUUCCAGAUGUAAUGAUGCCCUCCUAUAGCAGGUCUAGGUGGAGCGCAAUCUUCUUCAUUGUUUACCUUGCAGUAGAACUUUACUUUUUAAUGAACUUACUUUUAGCUGUGGUUUAUGACACAUUUACUGAGAUUACAAAAAAGAAACUUAAAAAACUUCUGCUCCACAAACGUGAGGCAUGUCAAAGAGCAUUUAGACUUCUCGUCACAAAACAGAAUCCUACAAGAAUUUCCCUGAGACAUUUUGUUGGUGUGAUGAAGUACUUCAAUAGGAGACUCAACAAGCGAGAUCUCUACCUGUGCUUCAAAGGGUUAAACAUCAGUAAAACUGGAGAAAUGAACUUAGAUGAAUUCUACCAUAUUUACUAUGUAACUAAGCUCAAAUGGGGGCCUGAACCUACUGUUGGUGAACUGUGGUCAACCAAAAUUUGCAGUCCUUGUUGCAGUACUUUUAUUAAAGCUAUGAAUCGCCUGGUGACUUGGAGAUGGUUCACUUGGUUCAUAUACUUUGUGAUAGCAGUCAACUUUGUAUGGAUCCUUGCUGAAACUAUAGAUAUAUCAGUGGACCCAGACAUCAAAGCUCAAGAUUACAAGAUAUCGUGGUACACUUUAAUAUUUGUUGCAAUAUAUGUUGUUGAAAUGAUCCUGAAAAUACUCGGCCUGGGGCCCAAGGACUAUUUUACCUCUGGGUGGAAUCUAUUUGACUUUUUUGUGACAAUGGCUGCCUUGGUUGGAAUCCUAGGAAAGCUGUUCAACAAGAACCUUUACUAUAUAGUUAUACUGCGGCCCUUCAGACUACUUAGGUUAUUUAAGAUGAAGGCUCGUUACCGUGAUGUACUUGGGACAUUAUUUAUUCUACUAUCUCAAAUGAUGAGUCUUGCCCUUGCCAUGAUUCUAUUGUAUUACUUCUUUGCCAUCGUUGGAAUGGAACUUUUCUCCAAAUAUGAUCUACGAGACUGUUGCAAAAAUACCAGUGUUGAGGAUAACUAUCGCUAUGACAACAACAGUGUUUUCCAAGGCUACUACUACCUCAACAACUUUGAAAAUGUACUCAUCAGUGGAGUGACGUUAUUUGAACUGACUGUUGUAAACAAUUGGUAUAUCAUAAUGGAAGGCUACGCUACCGUGGCAACCAGUUGGAGCAGAAUCUAUUUCAUGUUGUUCUAUAUCGUCAUCAUGGUGGUCAUGAAUGUAGUGGUGGCUUUCAUCUUAGAGGCAUUUAUAUUCCGUAUACAGUACAGACGACAAAUGAGUGGAGAUGACAUAGGAGAUUUUAGUAAGAUCAAAGUAGAUGUGCAGCUGUCGCAUGAAGAGUUAAAUAUGUGCCUAGAUAAAGUUCAGCCUCUUACAAGCCAAUAUAUAAACUGCCCAACACAGACUGAACCACAUAGAAGUGUCCUGAGAUUCAGAGGAGAGAGGAGUGCCAGUAGGGAGGACUACAGUGUAAAGAUGUACCAAGAAGAAGUGCAGCAAUGGGUGUUAGAACAGCAAGAGAGAUUGCGGGCAGAAAGUGCCGAGAUGCAGGAUCUGAGUCAUGUGUCGCAUAAUGUCAACGGAGUAUCAGAGAGUGAGGAUAACUCACUACAUGCCAGGACUAUAACAAUGUAACUGGAGUCACAAUGUAACUAAAGUUCCAGGACUAACAAAUUACAUUGUGAUUAAAGUAACAAUGUAAUUAAAGUUCCAGGACUAACAGAUUACAAUGUAACUAGAGUAACAAUGUUAUUAAAGUUAUGAUGUAAAAUAAGCCAUACUGUAACUAGAGUCACAGACAUAAUUGAGUUUAUGAUGUAAGAGGUCACAUUGUAACUUGAGUAACAAUGUAACUAGUCAUGCAGUAACUAUAGUAACAAUGUAACUAGUCACAAUGUAACGAAAGUUAUGAUGGAAAACUAGCCAGACUGUAACUAGAGUUACAGUUUCACUUGAGUCUCAAUUCAUAUAAUGUUGACAAUGUAACUAUGGUAACAAUGUU